AUGGAGAGCGCGGCCAAGCGCAAGGCGGCCAGCAAUGCAGCGGGCGACCACGACGGUCGCCCUGCGAAGCGACAAAAAGGGACGGCCGAAACCCCUUCCAAGUCGGAGACGGUCGAAUCAACCACAACGGCCGGCUUGAAGUUCCUCGACAGCUUGAAGCAGGCCAAAGACAAGACCGGACGACCCAUCGCAGUCCAUUUCCUCUCCCUUCCAGACAGGGCUGAAGUACCCGACUACUACGAAUUCACGAAAUUGCCUAUUGCUAUAGAUACCAUUGAGAAUAAACUCAACAACGGAGAGUACGCGUCUCUGGCUCAAGUCGAGAGCGACUGCAAACGAUUGGUCAACAAUGCGAAAGCCUACAACGACAAGAACUCUGUCAUAUACCAAGAUGCCGAGCGUCUGCGCAAGACCGCCUCAAACUGGAUGGUGAAGCACAACCCUGCAUACCGUGAUGGCAACUAUGUUGCAACGGCUACCCCGAUCCCAGGCGAAGACAACUCUACUCCGUCGAGACCUCCGCCCCGCAUCACGGCAACCCCAAGAACUGCACAUACACCUGCUACACCUGCUACUAUAGAGACUGUUGAGCGCCCCCGACGAGCGGCCGCCAUCGCAGCAUCGGCUACACCAGCACCGUCAAAGUUGCGACAGUCAGCAUCUGCUGCGCUGGAAGACGACGACGACAACAGUGCCGAUUACGCAGGGAAGACGUUCCAGCAAGCACAGGAGCAGAUUGUGAGGGAGAUUAUCGACUAUGAGGAUCAAGGCUUACAAAUAUUCUUACCCUUCCAAAACCUCCCAUCGCGCAGCUUGAAAGACUACUACCAGCUGAUCAAAGACCCAAUGUCGCUGGCCGCCAUACAAAAGAAGGUUCGCGGUGUCAUCGGACGCGAAGCCCCGACAGGACAUACACUGUUUAAGAGCUGGGACGCUUUCGAAGAUGCAUUCAGUCUUAUCUGGAAGAAUGCUCGUAUCUACAACGAAGAUGGCAGCGACAUCUAUAACCUCUCGCUCGAGCUUGAGGAAAUCUUCAACAAGAAACUCGAAGAAGCCAAAUCCAAAGUCAGCGAGCCAACGCAGCCAAAACUGAAGCUCAACAUGUCUAGUGCUGCAGCCCCCAAGCAACAGCUCAAGCUCAAGCUCAAGCCGAGCCCAGGGUCAGAACGUAACACUCCAAGUGCCCGUGAUUCUGCGACGCCUGGUGUCAUCGUUGACAAUGACGCUCUUCUGCGACAACAACGACAUGUUCUUGACAGCAUGGGCAACCGGUCGGCCACUCCAUCGAAAGCUGCGACGCCAACAGCGCCUGCCAAUCCGUUUACUGGACCGAAAGGCGUCGCUUCAACAAUUGCACCACUCUCCGCCGCGCAGGGCAAGACUGCAGGGUCUCCACCGGCAGUCAACGGUGUUAAACAAGAUGUACAGUCGCCUGCCUUGAGUGCCAUCAGGCCAGCCAGUACUGCGCCCGAUAGCCAGGCUGCGCGACUCAGCGUCCCUGCACAAACGCCACAUCCGAACAUGGCUCCUCCACAACAUAUGUCUCGUCCGGCAAGUGGCAGUCCACAUCCAAACGGUGUUGGGCUCCAAAAUGGCAACCACGUUUCCGCAUACCAAGCGCCGACUUACUACGCGCCUCCACCAGUGGCUCGCGUAGAUAGUUUCAGGAAGGUUCCACUCAAAAACAUCGACGAAGCACUGAUACCCAAGAUCACACUAAAUACCCAUCCCGCGCUCAAUCCGUCCAAGCCAUGGUCUGUCAAUAUCCCAGCGAACAAACAAAAGACCAUGUACAGUGCCACAAUGGUAGUCGCACCAGCCAACUCGUACAUCCAAGUCAUUCCUAAAGUACCUAUUGCAUUGACAAGCCGCAUGUACCGCCUCUUUGUUACUGUCAAUGGCAACAAGACACUCGAAGCAAACCGAGUUCCUGUCACAGCAGGCAUCAACGGUACCAGCCCUAGUCCCGGCUACGAGGGUGGUAAGAAGAAAGGAGAGCCACUUUUCGAAGCGAAACUUGCUGCUGGCGUUAACCGUAUUGAAGUUGAGAUCGUUGCGGAGAAAGACCGUAAGGGUCUACCUGAAAGUGGUGGUGCGAAGAAAGAGGAUGUUGAGAUUGAGAAGUGUACAAUCUUCCUACACCUGCCUCGGAAUUAG